GAUAAGUUAUUUAACUCUAUCAAGACUAUCAUAAAUUCAUAAGUUUAUUGGAAUAUAUUAAUUUGUUACUAAUUAGUAAUUAUUAGUCUUAAUGACUUGAAAUUUCAUACGCUGGAUUACUGUUAUAGAAAACGACCAAGUGAAAAACACAGGAAAUAGUGAACUUAAAUAAUUUAUUUCAAAACAAUGGUUAUUAGCAUAGGAUUUGAAGGUAGUGCAAAUAAAUUAGGAAUUGGAAUCGUUAAAGAUGGCGAGGUGCUGGCGAAUUGUAGAAGAACAUACAUUACUCCACCCGGCGAAGGAUUUUUACCCCGAGAAACAGCACAACACCACCAAAACAAUAUUAUAUCACUAUUAGAAGAAACAAUCAAAACAUCUGGCAUACAACCAGAACAGAUUGAUAUUGUAUGUUUCACAAAAGGUCCUGGAAUUGCUCCUUCUUUGAUUAGUGUUGCUACUGUGGCACGUACUAUUGCUCAACUUUGGAACAAACCUUUAAUACCUGUUAACCAUUGUAUUGCACAUAUAGAAAUGGGGCGCUUAAUAACAGGUAGUGACAACCCUACUGUUUUGUAUGUUAGUGGAGGAAACACUCAAGUCAUAGCUUAUUCUGAGAAUUUUUAUAGAAUAUUUGGUGAAACAAUUGAUAUUGCUGUUGGAAAUUGCUUAGACAGAUUUGCAAGAGUUUUAAAAUUAUCCAAUGAUCCUAGUCCUGGUUACAAUAUUGAACAAAUGGCUAAAAAUGGUAAAAAAUAUCUUAAAUUACCUUAUGUCGUAAAAGGUAUGGAUGUAUCAUUCUCUGGUAUAUUAUCUUAUAUAGAAGAAAAAGCACAAACAUUGUUGUCAUCUGGUGAAUAUACCCCUGAAGAUUUGUGUUUUUCACUUCAAGAAACUCUUUUUGCAAUGCUUAUAGAAACAACAGAAAGAGCAAUGUCUCACUGUCAGUCAAAAGAAGUACUAAUAGUUGGUGGUGUUGGUUGUAAUGAAAGAUUACAAGAAAUGAUGAAAAUUAUGUGUGAUGAAAGGGGUGCAAUAUUAUAUGCUACUGAUGAAAGAUUUUGUAUAGACAAUGGAGUAAUGAUAGCUCAUACUGGAACUUUAAUGCAUAAUAGUGGAUAUAAGACUACAUGGGAAAACACAUUUUGUACACAAAGGUUUAGGACAGAUGAAGUUGAAGUUACAUGGAGGUCAUGAAAAUGUGUUAAAGCUUUUUUUAUAUACACUACAUUAUAUUUUGUGUUACACUAAUAACCAAAGUAUUCUUGCUAAAAUGCAAACCAAUAAAGCAAAAAAUGGCCAAAUUGAGUACA